AUAAAAAAUAUCAAAACAUUCCACCUCAUUAGCCAAGGUUUUGAGUUUCUUGUAAAAACAAUGUUAUUGCGAAUACUUAAUUAUAUUUAACAUUGAUAUAUCGCUUAUCAUAACCCUGAUAUCUUUGUCUGCAAUUAGGAAGCAAAACAAAAAUCGGGAAAAGGCAUAUAGUCAAAACAUAAAAUAAAAUGAGUAAAAAUCUGCAGUGUCCCAACAAACUUACUGAAUUCGCCCCUUUGCAGCAAGAGGAAAAACCCCAAACAGUAACCCAAUUUAUUUCUAAGUUUUUUAAAGCAAACAAAACUGAAGAAUCACCAAAUUCUGAAACAAAUUGUUCAAGUAAUGAAGGCCUACCAUCUUGGGCUGAUGAAAGUGUAGAGUGUGGAAGUGUUGGUGUCCCUAAUAUAUAUCAGGUUAAUAUUAAUGAAGGACGGAGCCUUCCUAAUGUUUUAAAAAGGAUAAGCACCCUUUUAGCACUGAAAACUAAUAGCUUGCAAGACUAUGCAGACACUGAAUUAAAGCAAUACUGGAUGCCAGACUCUGUCAGUAAAGAAUGUUAUGAAUGCUCUGAAAAGUUUACCACCUUCAGGAGAAGGCACCAUUGCAGAGUAUGUGGCCAAAUAUUUUGUUCUCAAUGCUGUAACCAACAAAUACCAGGGAAAAUAUUUGGCUGUACAGGAGACCUGCGGGUGUGUACUUACUGUUGUAAAAUAGUUCUCUCAUAUCUUCAGUCUGCAAAUUUUGAUGCCACUCUCUCAGCUGAUUUGAAAGCUUUACAACAAAAUUUACAAAGCAAAUUUGGUGAUUCAAAUAUUGGCAUAUCAGAUGAUUUGUCACCAAAUAAACCACUUAGUUCAUCUGAGAGCAAUGAUUGUUUAAAAAGGAAAAUUUCAGUUGGAUAUCAGGAAGAGAGAUUCGGCUCUGAUGGAAGUCCGACUUCAUAUCUUACUAAUGAAGAGAAGUGCAAGGCACUACAAAAUUCCAUAUCUUUAAGAAAUCUCUUUGAUGAAAUAUGUAAAACAACUACUGGGGUUAAUUUCAGCCCUUUUAAACACAGAAUGCGCACAUAUUCUGAUUGUUUUUUAGGAUCUGAACUUGUGGAUUGGCUAAUUUGUCAACAAAAAGCAAAAAAUAGGAUUCAAGCUGCAGCUUUAUCUCAAGCACUUCUAGAAGGCAACUACAUAGAAUCUUUUACAGAACCAAGCGUUUUUGUGGAUGGGUAUGUUAGGUAUAGAAAGGGCAACUCUUUUUCUACAAAUUUUACACAGCUAAGUCCUAAUUGUGAUGUUCCUACCCAGGAAGAACCAAGUUGGGUGCAACAGAUAUCACAUGAUUCAAGUAACAGUGAUUCUGAUACAGACACUCCACUCGGUCCUCUACCCACAUCGAACUCGUACACGCUGGACAUGAAUGUAGAGGCGAGUAGCGUCUACCUCUGCAGACCACCAGAAUCCCCUUACUGCGUGGAAACUCCCGCAACCGAAGUACAGUCUUGCAAGCACGAAGAAACUACUGUAGUCCGACCAUCUGAGCAACGAGAGCUUGCUCCAGAAUCAGGCUGGUUUCACGCAUCAUCCUUGCGCGAAGAAAAUGGCGAAAAAGAAGCUUACGAACUUCUAUCCGAUGCUUAUGAGCAGCACGAACAGAGCCUACUAAAACAGCUCCUAUCCGCCAACGGUCUUUCGAUAUCUUGGAGCGACAUCCUAGUCCCGUUAAUUCGGGAUAUAAUAUGCCUCAUCAGGCCCGACAAGAACCACGACGCCGAAGAGCUGGAUAUCCGUAACUACGUUCAGAUAAAAAAAUUACCCGGGGGUAAAAAAGAAGACACUUACCUCGUAGGCGGGAUAGUUUGUAGUAAGAACGUAGCUCACCGCGAGAUGUCGGUAGAAAUCGAUAAUCCCAGGAUAUUACUCUUGCAAUGUUCAGUAGUUUAUCAAAGGACCGAGGGAAGACUUAUGUCUCUGGAACCUGUUAUGAUGCAGGAACACGAAUACUUACGCCACGUGUCAGCGAGGAUAGCUGCACUGAAACCAGAUGUCGUUUUUGUACACAAAAAUAUCUCCAGAUUGGCUCAGGAUAUGUUGAGGCAAUACAAAAUUACACUAGUGCACAACGUCAAACGGUCAGUAAUGGAUAGGCUGUCCAGAUGUACAGAGGGUGACUUAGUUACUGCCGUUGACGCCCAUAUAGGCAGACCGAAUUUGGGCACUUGCAAGAAGUUUUAUUUGAAGACGUUCCCGACAGAAAAAGGUGGAUCAAAGACUCUGAUGUUUUUCGAAGGUCUUAUGGCACCUCAUUUGGGGGCUACGGUACUUCUUAGGGGUACGACCAAAUCCGAACUUGUAAGAGUGAAAAAAGUUGCCUCGUUUUUGAUUUUUGCUGCAUAUAAUUGGAGACUGGAGAAGUCGUUUCUGAUGGACGAGUAUGCCUUGCCACCAAAUUCCAGAAUUGAGUUUUUAGAGGAUAGUAGAGAGAGUUCGCCGCAAACGUCAAAACCAAAGGUAUCUAUAGACGAUAUUGUUGAUCAACAACCUUCCGCAAUUACGCCUUCUAAUAAAAAUGAAAUAAUCGUUCAAACUUCAGAUAAUAAUAGACCUUCUAAAAAUCUAAAACAUAGUGAUGAACAUAAAGAUCUGAAAUUAAACACAUCCUCCAAACCGUAUGAGCCAUUUACCGAUCCGCUUCAAUCUUCAGAACCCAAAAAAAUUACAGUGGAAUCGAUUGUUGAUAACUCAGACCCUUUACACUCAUAUAGCAUCUCUACAGAACCGCAAGUUGAAACUUUAAAGGUUGCAGAACUUCCCUUUUCCAACAAUUUCAAAAAACACUUGGACGAUACAAUCUUAUGCAUUUCCCCGUAUAUACUGUUUCCUAUGCCCUAUUUGGAAACCGAUGGAGGAAGGAAAUGUAAUUUAAGACGCUUUUUUCACAAAGAUAUGUACUAUAGUGAACAAUUUGAGGUUAAUACGAGGAAUAAGUGGAGAAUUGUAGAAGUUGAACUAGAGAAAGGAAGUGGGGACAUUAAGAAGAAAAUCGAGACAUUUCAUCCGUUCCAGCAAGCGAAAAUAACUAAUACGGAUGAUCCUAUAGUUCAAAAUAUGCUCGCGCACUUCAGAGCUUGCGGGGGCCAGUAUAAGAAAAAAGAAAUUUUGAAUAUAGUUGAGGAAAAUAAGGAAAAUCAUAGGGUGGGAUCUGAGAAAAGCCGACUGGACGUUUUGGAUCCUAUGAACCACCAAAGACUAGCUGUUUUGUUUUAUAGUUUUAGUCACGAGUCUAAUAACGCUCCUGCAUUUUGUGUCAAUCCUUGGGUAGUAUAUAUGGACUUUUAUGGAAGAAACGAUAUUCCUAUCGGUUGUUUUCUCGAAAAGUAUUGCUUUAGAUCUACGUAUGCCUGCCCAUCAAAAACCUGUACGACCCCCAUGGUCAAACAUGUCAGGCGAUUCGUACAUAACUCCGGCAGCGUAACAAUCACUCUGAACAAUUUCCAUAGCGAAUUUGCCGAAGAAAAUAUCGUGAUGUGGAGCUGGUGCACUAAAUGUCAAAGUGUAUCACCGGUGGUGCCUCUUAGCGCUGAUUCUUGGAGUUAUUCUUUCGCCAAAUACCUUGAACUAAGAUUCCAUGGUGAAAUUUUCAACAGAAGAGGCCAAAGUCCUUGCACGCAUAGCCUACAUCACGACCACUUCCACUACUUUGGCUAUAAGAAUUAUGUGGCUUCCUUUAAAUACUCUUCAAUAAACAUCUGGGAAAUAUCACUUCCUCCAACAGUUAUUGAGUUUACUUAUGACUUAAACUCAUUAAAUUCGGAUUUAAUAGAGGAGGCAAAACUUCUAGCUCAAAAAGGUCAUGAUGUUUUAGCUUUUAUACAAGAAAAAGCAGCUGGGAUUCUAUUAGAAGAACUCGAAGGCGGGAUGAAUGUCAAACAAAUUCUUGCAAAAGAACUGGUGUCAUUUAAACAAAAAGUUGAAGCAAUUCAGCUUAAACUAACAUCCCCCUCGGUUGAAGUGAAAGAAUUUAAUGAGAAAGCUUUAGAGCAAAGUUACUGGAAAGUACAGGAUAACGUUACAAGAAUCAAAGCGACUCUUGUGGAAUUAGUGGAAACCUGGAAUCAGCAUCUUAAUGAAGCCAUAAGAAAAUCCGACAAGAAAAAGGAAAAAAACACCGUUCCAGAACUGGAGAGUCCUGCUAGCGAAAUAACUGAAAAGUUCAUAUUUAAUGCUGCGAAAGGAGCUUCGGAUUUGGAGAAAACUGAAAGUAUGGAUGAAUCUUUACCAAAAUCCCAUCUAGAAUCAUCCAUUAUCGCUGAUGAUUCAACCGACAGUAAAAAAGAAGUAUUUAAAAAAGAAAAAUCCGUUAAGAAUAUACUAGACAAACUUCUGCCUUCAUCCGGACAGCUAAAUAUAAUUCAGAGCCUUUUUCCACCUCAAGAUCACUACACCCUUCCCACAGGAGUAUAUGGUCCUAUACCGGUUCUAGAAACUGAACUAAGUUCGAUAAUAGCUUACGCCUUAAACUCGUACGAAUAUAAAAAGAGUCUAGAAGAUCUGACAAACAAGAAAAUCUGCAACUCUAACGACCAAUCUCCCAGUCCAAUCAGUAAACGCAAAUAUAAUAGCGAGAGGAUGACUGUGGAGGGGGAUGACAAAGGGAGUGGCUUAUUAGGAUUUCUCAGAAACAAGGAUUUAGUAAACAGUCCCACUGUUAUGGGACAACCAGAUAUGACAGAACUAGAACAAAACCAAGCAGUGCCAGAAAAAGGCGAAGAUCACAAGAAAGCAAAAAACUCCCAUGUAGAAGUGCAGUUUCAGGACAAUACUUGUAACUUUUUCUGUCGGAUUUAUUUGGCAGACAAGUUUGCCAGUCUGCGGAAUGCUGUAUUGCCGAUUGGUGAAGAAGCUUAUAUAAGAUCUUUAAGUAGGUCUAUAGAGUGGCAGGCGAGGGGAGGGAAAAGUGGUUCAACCUUUUCAAAAACCCUUGACGAUAGAUUCAUCUUAAAGGAAAUGCCCAAGGCAGAAAUUCAAGUCUUUCUCGAAUCGGCCUCCAACUAUUUCACUUAUAUGCAAAAAUGCUGCGCUACAAUGCAACCGACCCUUUUAGGGAAAAUAGUCGGGAUUUAUCAGAUUAUCUACAAGAACACUAGCAAUGUUACUCUGAGAAGUUGCGUAUUGGUUAUGGAAAAUCUUUUUUAUAAUAGAAACGUUUCUCAGAAGUUUGAUCUGAAGGGUUCCGUGAGGAAUAGACUGGUGGUGCCGGAUAACCAGGAGGGAGAAAUUGUGUUGUUGGAUGAAAAUUUAUUGAAAAUGACUUGCGAUAGUCCGCUGUACGUUUUGCCCCAUUCCAAAGAAGUAUUGCUAGCUGCCAUUCAAAAUGAUACAGAAUUUUUGUCCACUCAGAGUGUUAUGGACUACUCUCUUUUAGUGGGUCUAGAUACCAAAAAUAAGGAGUUAGUUUUGGGCAUUAUAGAUUACAUACGGACUUUUACUUGGGACAAGCGUUUGGAAACUAUCGUAAAGAAAACCGGUAUAUUGGGUGGCCAAGGUAAGCUACCCACUAUCAUUUCUCCCGAAGAAUAUCAAAAGAGAUUUAUAGAGGCUAUGCACAAAUAUUUUCUUGAAGUGCCUGACCAUUAUGCCGGAUUGGGUAAAGGUCUAGACCUGUGAACUCUUUUGUGCGCCCUUUAUAUUGUAGCAAUAAUAGCCAAUUCACUUUCUAAAUUGCGAAAUUUUAGAAAUCGUAACCAAAGAAAUUCGUAAACUUUAAGUAUUAACUCACAUUUUUUUUAGAAAAUUUGUUACCUUUUGUAAGAUAUUUAUACUGUGAUAAAAUAAAAUGCAUUGUAGAAAAACUAUAA